AUGGCAGCCGGAAUCAAGACCAUCAUCGCACUGUCCUUUGUGCUUGCGAUCGGGUUUCUCUUGGUCAUUCUCUCCUCAGCGCUCUGGCACAAGUACUGGCCUCUGCUAGACGUCGGCAUCUAUGUGAUCGCGCCCCUUCCCAAUUGGAUUUGCGCGAGAGUCGCGAACCCAGAUGACUUCAUGGAUAGCACAAGUAACUCAGCGAUGGACUUCGGACGCUUCUUUACCGGGUUCCUGGUGCUCACUGGUAUUGCCCUUCCAUUGGUCCUUGCGCACAGUGGCCAUAUCCAAAUCCCAGCAAUGAUCAUGUCUAUUCUUGGAGGAUUGUUGAUUUACGGAACAAUCAUCAGUUUCACCAUGUUUUUCCAAGAGCAAGAGGAAUUCUGA